AUGCCUCUAUUCAGUAUGACGAUGCUUAAAACACUUUCAAAGCGGUCAGGAUUACACUGGCGCAAAGACGAUAUUGAACUCGGUAUUAUCACUCCAGAGGAAGCAGCUGAAAAGAUCCUUAAACGCAAGCAAGGUGGUGAAGAGAAUGCUGGCUUUCGACGUAUGGCUCAUGUCAUGGCAACUGCAGAAUCAUUACAUGAAGUGAUAGUCCAAAUGGACUUGGAUCUUGACAAUCUAGAAGCGGGAGGAGAUCCUCAAGAGCUUUAUCCACUAGUACCGUUAGAUGAGGAGGACGAGGAGGACAUAGAUGAGGAGGACAUUCUUUUGGAUAAUUUCUUUUAUUUUGAAGGUGAGGAUAUAGAUGUAGAAGAAGGUGAAAAUCAAGUGUCUGAUCAAGAAUUUGAAUGA